GCGCUGCAUUCUGGGAAACCCAGUUUAUUUCUGGUUUGGGAACGAUGGCAGGCGUGCAGCCGCCUCCCCUCCGCAGCCUGGAUGAUUUUCUGCUGAGCUCGGCUCGUUUUGCGGUGCCAGAUGUGCGGGACCUGGACCGCUGGAACAACCGCAUGAUCAACAACCUUUUGUAUUAUCAAAGCAAUUACUUCCUGUCCGCGCUGAGCGUCCUGCUCCUUGUGGGGUAUUUCCAGCCCAUCCAGAUGUUUGUUGGGAUGACGGUGGUCACCGCGUUGUUCCUGGGUUUCGUCUGGGUUGCGGAGAACAAAGCUCCCAUCCGCCGUUUCCGUAGAAACCACCCAUUAUUGGCUGUGCUCGCCAUUCUCUUGGCCAGUUACCUCUUCAUAUCGGUGUUGGGAGGAGUGACUGUGUUCCUGUUUGGAAUAGCAAGCCCAGUACUGAUGGUUCUGGUCCAUGCGUCGAUGAGGCUGCGGAACCUAAAGAACAAGCUGGAGAACAAACUGGAGAGCAUUGGCCUGAAGCGGACCCCCAUGGGGCUCCUGCUGGAGGCCCUGGGGCAGGAGCAGGAGGCCGGCUCCUAAACGCCGAGCAGGGGUAAAGGUUCACCUCUUCUUUAUUUUCUGAUCAGAAACCAGAAGAAAAUUGACCAAAUUGGACAAGUUUUAUAGUUUGACAAUUUUUGCACAUGUGGUUAUGGUUAUGGAGUGAAGGACUGAAGGUGUUUCCCUUUUUAUUGUGGAACCAUUUGUAGUUUCAUCUGUCAUUCUACCCAGCUGGUCUAAACGCCUUAUGUUAAUGUUUACAGGAUUUACCAAUGGAACAAAAAAUCAUUUUGCAUGAAUACAUGAAUACAUCAUGUUGUAACAAUGAAGGAGCAAACAGGCUAGACAAGCGAUUUCCAACCUGGAACUUGAACUAGACCUCCAAACACCCUGAGUGUCCAGAGCCGUUUCUCAGCUGUUGCACCACACAUACAUGCACGGCCCCACACACACACACCCCCCCCCCACACACACACACCCACACACACACAACAACUAAGAACUCUAUGUGGAGUAGUGGCUGGCUGCUUAUUAAUGUAGUUUUAGAUAAUGAAGAAGCCAGUGUGAUCACUGAUCACUGAUCAAUGACCUUCUUAAUUGCUGAUAAUUUCUUUUUUGACAAAGACAUUUCCUCUUCCCAUCUGUGAUACUCUGUAAUGGAAGCAGGAAAUGGUGAUCCUCUGAUAAACCUUCAGUUAAGCAGCAUGUGUUGAAGGUCAUUGCAAAUAUAUUUGUGAAGACCGACUAACAGGACACUGCCCCCCCCCCCCCUCCCCUCCCCCCCCCCAUUAGCCUCCAUGGAUUAGCUGGCUCUGUGAUGCAAUAAAGGGGCGGUGCCAAGCGGGGGAGAGGGGCCCCUGACUAGGCCUUUUUAUAACACUAAAACACAUCAGUUGAUGAUUUUGUUGCAUUACGUGUUUGUACAUUGUGGUAUUCAACCUUUAAAGGGCCAGUAAUUAUGUAUUAUCCAGGCACAUAGAGCCUUUUUAUAGUGCAAUUAAAUAACUAUGUCACCUUUACUAUCUAUAAAACACAAUAAAAAUCAAAUAUGACUUAAAAGAAAUUUAACGCUUUGAAGUUGGGGUUUUGUCUCUUUAAAUUCUUCUUUUUUUUCUGAAAAAGUCAUAAUAUUGCGUCUCUAUUAACCGUUUAAGAACAUUUCUACCAGCGUUUCACUGAAAAAUAGUUUGUAAUGAGCUCAGCAGUUGCACAUUUCCACCAGGUGUUUGCUAAUUUCUGCUGGCUAGUCUGAAGGAGCUGAGUGGGAGAGUUUUGGGGGAAAGCAGCUCUGUGAGGUGGAAGCUUGGAAACUGCUGAUCUGACGAUGAGCUUAAUCUCAAAGGUGGGGCUAGCGCCACCCAUGGGUGAAUGGUUGCCAUGGGGAUUAAAGGAUUUCUCAAAUAUCCAUGUAAAAAUCGAGACAACCCUCCAGGUAUGUUUUGGUGAGGUAAUAACAUUAUAAUAUGAUGUAAAGCUCUAAAAGUUGAUUUUAUGUGAUACUGCCCCACUUAACCAGUGAAAAGGCGAUCAUUAUCGAGUCUGUUGUUAAGGACAGGGAACCAGGAGAACAGGUAAAAGUGACCAAGUAGUUACUGCAGUUUACAAAAUAGGACAUGUCAAAUAGUUUUUAUUUUUUUUUGGUGAAAGUUUAAUUUUUCAUGCACUUUUCUUCAGGUUCGGGGGUCUGAUAGAUGUUUUUUCUUCUUCUUUUAAAUGAUAAUUAACAUUAUUAUGUGACUACCAUUGCUUGGUCCCCAAAGGCUUUGUUUACACCAGACCAUUGCCUGGAAACUGCCGCCGUCUUCUGAUGUUGAUUAGGAAGAAGUUCCACGUUUAGAUAAAACUGGUAAAGAACAGUGGUGAUGUGAGGGAUUCUGCUCACCGGUGCCGUGUAAAUGAGCGACUGGAUCGCAACGAAAAUGUUAGUUUACCUGAAGGGCGGCUCGAUGUAAGUGGGGCACAAGUCUCAGCUGGACGUUGGGUUUGUGCUGCCGUCUUAAACUGAUCACAGCACAUAUGAUAACUUGAGACAGAUGCCUUUACUGAUUCUGACUGAACCAGGAUCAGUGAAAUUAUACUCACACCAUAAUGCUUUUAAAUAUCCAUGGUUGUGUUUGGAUGAGAAGGAUUGUCUGGUAGUCCUUGUUGUCGGGUAAACCAGGUGGUUCUGAAACUGAUAUUUAUUUACAAAGUUACUGUUUUCCAGAUUAUGAUCGUUUUUAAAUUGAUUACAUAGGAAUAUGCUGAUUAUCAGUUGCAUUAUGUGCGAUAAAGAUAAUGUAGAAAAUCAGUUCUAUAUGGCUGCAGAUGAAGAAUCUGUUUCUUGAUAUACCUGAGAAACACAUUAAAGAUUUUUUCUAAAUGUCUAAAUUUAUCGUAAAGCUUUUGGAGAAGAAAAUCUACAGAAUCCACAAACUGAUCAAUCUGAUCCAACUCAUUUAACUGGUGGAUCUCUGAGUGAUCUGAUUUUCCUCCAGCUGUGCUGAAAGGUGCAGAGCGGCGUCUGCUGCGUGGAAACAUUUAACCCGGGAGCUGAGCGCUCAGCAGUGUUUGGGUUUUUACUGGUAACACUCUCUCCCUUAUUUAGCUGAAAUCUUGAUGAGUAGAAACAAAACAACUUAACGGACUCAGGAAAACAGGUUCUACUGAAGUUUCAGUAAUACACAAGGUUUCAGUUUUGCUCUUCUUAAUUCAGUUGUAGCAUUUGGUUUGCUUUUUGCUCACAGGUCAGAUUUCACAAGUUCCCACUCAGAAAACCACUCGUGAUAUUAACUCGUUUCCUUUUGGGAAACGUCCUGAUUGGGAAGUUCAAGUUAAAACUUUUUAUGAAGAAGCUGAAAGUGUUUAAUGUUCUUAUUGUGAAAAUGAGGAUAAAUAUUAAGUUAUGGUAGUUUAUAGGAUCAGAGUGUGUCACCUGUGGCUCUGAAGCUUCAAAUGGCUUUUGGACCGUCAAUUAUGGAUUUUAAUAACUUAACAUAAAUACAGAACCAACUAAAGUUUUAAAAUAUAGACAUAACAAAUGAUACCUUUAGAAAAAUAUACUUUUUUUAUGAAGCAAACGGAUUGAAUUUCCACAACAGAAUUUCAUUAAGUACAAGUAACAUUUUUUACUAUAAACAUUUUUCCUUGUCAUUAAGUUGGAACUUUAAUGACUUUUCCCAAGAAGGAAAUUUUCUUUUUGCAAAUGUUUGAUCUUCAUUUUAAAACCUAGAAGUCAAAAUAAAAUUUUAAGCCGACAAAUCAAAUUUCCUUUUGCUCAGAUUACACAUUUUCUAGGUUGUCUGUUCUUCUUCUGUAGCAUCAGUGGCUCUAAAUGACUUGAUGUAGUUGGACGGAGGCAGAAACGGCUCUUUGAGAUGUAAAGGUUGCAGACUCCUGGUCUGAAUAUUACAAUGUGUGUGCAUUUGAUUUUCUCAGCUUGGUAUUCCAGUGUGGUGUUGUGUAUUCAUUCUUUAAUAUGACUGUAUUACCUUGAGCUGCCAGAACAAUACUUUAUUAUGAGAAAGAAACAAGCUGGUUUAUCUACAAGUAAAUGAAGUUGUUAAAGAUUUGUAUUUGUAUGUAAACAGUGGCUAACAUUUCCAGCUCAAAGUGCCAUUUGAUAUUUUACAUGUGUAUGUUUCUGUUUUUUCUUUCUUUCUUGUAUAGUUAAACUGUUUCUCUGUUUUAUUAAAUGUUUUUGUUUAACUGUCCCAGUAUGGAUUUUGUCCAUUUGUCUUAAUAAAAACAAUGCUUUUUUCCUGGAA